AUGAGUUAUCAACAAGCCCAAGAAAUGUAUCACGACAACUCUUCCGCGCGGUCUCCUGGCUCUCAGCGCCAUCAGCAGCCGCUUCAUCGCCAGCCUUCGCGACAGUUUGACGCCUACGGACCAAUGCCCGUCAACCUAUACGAUGAUCCCAUGGCCCGUUACGACACUGGUAGACUCGACCGGCUGAACCCGUCGCUGCAUAACCCUUCCUACGCGUAUGAUCUCCCCGGCUCGCAGACUUGGAAUCCGAAUGGCUUUGCCAACGCUCAGGCUCUGGGAGGUAUUCGCUCCGCAUCGGCCAGCCUGAAAACUGCCCCUCGCGGCGGCCGUGCGGGCUUGCCAACGACGUGGCUUGACCAACAGCCAGGUAUCCCGAGCCCCUUCUCCAACCUCGGAUCCGCAUCGCUCCAGAGUAGCUCGAUGAGGCCAGACACUACGGGCCCAUCAGAAGCCGAUGACGAGUUGAUCCCCACUGCGAUUGUUAUCAAGAAUAUCCCAUUUGCAGUGAAGAAGGAACAGCUUGUUCAGCUUAUGACCGAGCUGAACCUGCCCCUGCCGUACGCUUUCAACUACCAUUUCGAUAAUGGCGUUUUCCGCGGGCUUGCUUUCGCCAACUUUACAUCCGCGGAAGAGACGGCGACCGUGAUCGAGGUCCUAAACCAUUUCGAGCUGCAAGGCAGGAAGCUGAGGGUUGAAUACAAGAAGAUGCUUCCUUUGCAGGAACGCGAACGGAUUGAACGUGAGAAGCGAGAGCGUCGUGGUCAACUCGAGGAGCAACAUCGUCCGAUGGCGGCUUCUCAGCUUCAAACUCAGAGCUCCAUGUCCUCGCUUACAUCACACAUUCCGGCCACCUCACCGUCUCCAGUGUCUCAACGUGGGCAGAAGCUUGAUGUUGAUUUGAAUGAUUCUACGACUCUUUCGUUCUACUCCCAACUGCUCCUCUUCAAGGAAGAUACUACCCGCGACUCCGUAAUCUUCCCGUCCAACCUUACGCCUGUCCAACGUCGGACUGUCCAUACUUUGGCUCACAACAUGGGUCUCGGUCACGCAUCUCGUGGCAGUGGUGAUCAACGCCAGGUACAAGUUUUCAAGGUUGCUGCAGGCACAAACGUGAGCCCCCCUUUGUCUGCCAUCCCAGCCGCUGUCCAGCCCAGUGAGACCGCCCGUCGUGGGCUCAACCGCGCAGCGACCAUUGAUUUCAGCGAGGCCCGCAAUGAGGGCCCUGCUCAUUAUGGUACCUUACGCGGACAGCCUUCUGCCGGCUUUCUAGGAGUCUUAGACUCGUCUGCCGGUUUCGGGAAUACGCAGAACCUUCGCGCUGCCAAGUCCUUCGCGGACCUACGUUCCUACACUCCGUCCCCUGUUCCUUCGUCCGCGAGUUUCCCUGCAGCUCUACAGUCCAACGGCACCCGCCUUCAGCAUUACGAUGGAACCGCGAGUGGUACUUCCAACACACCAACACUGACCCCCGCUCCCUCUGGAUCUUCGCUCGGCAUGCAACGCGAUGACGGCCUUCUGGUCAACAGUUUGAGCAGCUUGUCUCUAGGUACUGGGAUUGGAGGACCUAAUGCGAGUCCAAGGAGAUUGAGGGGAGCGCAUGCCUAUUAG